GCGCCCGGGCCAUGGCGGCGGCGGCGGCGGGAGCUGCUGUCUGAGCAGCGGCUGCGGACCGAGCGGACUGGGGCCGGGAGCCCGGGCCCGGAGAGAGGCGCUGCGGCAGCGGGGCGCGUUCGGCUGGAGCCGGCCUACCUCUCCUCCUCCUCCCCCGCAGCGGAGCCCCGGUGGGGGUCUGUGCCCGGUCACCAUGACGACGCCGGCGAAUGCCCAGAAUGCCAGCAAAACGUGGGAACUGAGUCUGUACGAGCUCCACCGGACCCCGCAGGAAGCCAUCAUGGAUGGCACAGAGAUCGCGGUUUCCCCUCGGUCACUGCAUUCAGAACUCAUGUGCCCCAUCUGCCUGGACAUGCUGAAGAAUACCAUGACCACCAAGGAGUGCCUCCAUCGAUUCUGCUCUGACUGUAUUGUCACCGCCCUGCGGAGCGGGAACAAGGAGUGCCCCACCUGCCGCAAGAAGCUGGUAUCCAAGCGGUCUCUGCGGCCAGACCCCAACUUUGAUGCCCUGAUCUCUAAGAUCUAUCCCAGCCGGGAGGAAUACGAGGCCCAUCAAGACCGGGUGCUCAUCCGCCUCAGUCGCCUGCACAACCAGCAGGCACUGAGCUCCAGCAUUGAGGAGGGGCUGCGCAUGCAGGCCAUGCACAGGGCCCAGCGUGUGAGGCGGCCGAUGCCUGGGUCAGAUCAGACCACCACGAUGAGUGGGGGGGAAGGAGAGCCUGGGGAGGGAGAGGGGGAUGGAGAGGAUGUGAGCUCAGACUCCGCCCCUGACUCUGCCCCAGGCCCUGCUCCCAAGCGACCCCGUGGCGGGGGCGCGGGCGGGAGCAGUGUAGGGACGGGGGGAGGCGGCGCUGGUGGGGUGGGUGGGGGCGCCGGUUCUGAAGACUCUGGCGACCGAGGAGGGACCUUGGGAGGGGGAACCCUAGGCCCCCCGAGCCCUCCCGGGGCCCCCAGCCCCCCGGAGCCAGGUGGAGAAAUUGAGCUCGUGUUCCGGCCCCACCCCCUGCUCGUGGAGAAGGGAGAAUACUGCCAGACUAGGUAUGUGAAGACAACCGGGAAUGCCACAGUGGACCAUCUUUCCAAGUACUUGGCCCUGCGUAUUGCCCUUGAGCGGAGGCAGCAGCAAGAGGCCGGGGAGCCAGGAGGGCCUGGAGGGGGCGCCUCUGAUGCCGGGGGACCUGAUGGGGGUGGCGGGGAGGGUGGGGGUACCAGAGGUGGUGACGGCCCUGAGGAGCCUGCCUUGCCCAGUCUGGAAGGUGUCAGUGAAAAGCAGUACACCAUCUACAUCGCCCCUGGGGGCGGAGCUUUCACGGUGAGAGCCUCUGAGAGCGGUGCUAUAAGAGGAGAGAGGCGGGGAGGGUGGCCUGGGGCCACACGGAACCAUAGAUUCGGACUUCUAACUGGCCCACCCUCCCCUCUCCCUCUGCGUCGCCCAUCUCUGUCUUUUCUUCUCCCCCCAUCACUCCCUGUGCCCCGGCUUUGCCCCAUCUCUUGCUUCUCUUUUUUCUUUCUUCCUCCCUUGAUCACUUUCUGCCUUAUUCAUAUCCUUUACCACCUUCUCCAACUUUCUUUUUUCUUACCUUGCCUCUCUCUCCCAACCCCUCUGUAGACACUGAAUGGCUCGCUGACCCUGGAACUGGUGAAUGAGAAGUUCUGGAAGGUGUCCCGGCCACUGGAGCUCUGCUAUGCCCCCACCAAGGAUCCAAAGUGACCCCACAAAGGGACAGCCAGAGGAUGGGGACCAUGGGAUGUCCCUUUGUCCUGGCCUACCGCCCCCAGCUUCUUUGUCCCCCAGGGUCCCCCAACCUGGCCAGCCAGCAAGAGGACACAAAUGAGGACAAGUGGCUUUUAUACAAAGUAUCUAUAUCAGAUUCUUCUAUAUUGUACAGAACGGGGCAUGCGCCCCCAUCUACUGCCUUUUCUAUCGCCCCCCCCCCCAACCUCCCAGCUAUCUAAGAUGUUGGGGAAGGUGAAGAACCUUCCCCUUCAUGCCCUCCUACCAACAACAACAAAUUUGCUUCUUUUCCUCUUUGAAACCUGCA